CCACGCUUCUCAACCGUCCUCCCUUUCAUCACCGCAGCCACUGCACCAUCACCGUCGUUCCCCUUCACCUACGUGCCUAUUGUACCACCAUCUCGCCGCACCCUGACCACGCUCGUUAUUUCCAACAAGCAAUCCAGCACCCUGUGCUGCUUUCAAUGGCAUCGAUCCUGUAACCAUCAUCUUCUUUCAACCCUCGUCCUGCGCUGCGACAUUCUCCGGUUACGCCGACCACUCACUCCGCCUGCUUGCCUGUCGAGCAUCUUCGACCUCGAAUCUUCCUACCAAUUUACAUCCGGUCCUUCGUUUCGAUUCGAUGUCGUCAACCAUCUGUUAAUAUCUUAUCCUCUCGUUUGCCUCCCCGGGGCACACGUCAGCCGGCGUCUUGUCCAAAAGAAAAAUUGCAGUCGUUUUGCUCGGCGAAGAAAAAGGAUAAUUUUGGACAGCUCUAAUUGCGACCAAUUCCAACACCUUCCGGCCGUGCCUGCUUGGGCCGCCUCCUGUAAUAUCUUGAACAGGUGCUCUUGGAAGUCACCAUGGCACCUGCUCCACCUCGUUUGAGGAUUCUUUCAGUUGGUGGAAACGCCGUUUCUGCUUUCCUGUCCUGGCGACUACAGGCCACAAACGCCUGCGAUGUGACCUUGGUCUGGAAAGCCAACUAUCAAACGGUCGCGCAAUAUGGCGUCUCUUUCAAAUCCCAGAUGUUCGGCAAUGAACGAUUCAAGCCUCGAUAUGUCGUCCAAACCCCUGAAGACGCAGCCGGCCAGCAGACAGCCUUCGACUAUGUCAUCCUUUGUGUAAAAGCCCUACCCGAUGUCUACAACCUCGCCGAUAUCAUCCAAUCCGUUGUCACUCCCCAACAUACCUGCAUUCUCGUCAAUACUACCAAUACUCUCGGAGUGGAAAAACCAUUGGAGGAGCGAUUUCCGACUAACGUCGUCCUUUCCCUUGUCUCUGGAGCAGAUCUAGUUCAACUCGGCUCGAGCGAAUUCGAGCACCGUGGUUCUACAGAAAUAUGGGUUGGCCCUUCCAGUCAAAAUUCUACCAUACCAGAGUCAAUCCAGAGGGACAUGUCUGAAGCCCUCGCCAUGACUUUGACGACCGCGCAGGUCGACUGCCAAGUGUCUUCAAACAUCAAACAGCAACAAUUCGAGAGGAUGAUAGGACCUAUCGCUUUUUAUCCAGCGAGCGUUCUUUUUGAGACUUCAAAUCUUGGAGACUUAAUACGAAUUCCAGGCGUCCAUGACCUCCUCUCAGAUGUUAUUGAGGAGCUGCUGUCGGUUGCACACGCCCAGGGCUGUACGUUUCCCAACAACUUCACGGAGACAACGAUCUCCACCAUGAUCGAUUCUUCUCAAGAGGCUAGUACAAUGUAUCAGGAUUUCACAGCAAGGCGACCCAUGGAGGUCGAGACAUAUCUCGGAUCUCCUGUGCAGCUAGCGAAAUCUGCCGGCGUCAAAGUCCCGCGUCUUCAGACACUGUACACCAUGUUACGGCAUGUGAACACCGUCAACAAAGAUCGACCAAUUGCAUCAGCUGUUUCUGCAGCUCCUGUGCAAGCUCCUGUGCAGUCUCCUGUUGCUGUCCAGCCACCUCCUCGGACGAUAUCGCUCUCAAGUCCUCCUCCGCCCCGACAAACGAAUGGCUCGCUUAACGGACCUCUAAGGCCCAUGCGUGGCCCUCCUCCUAUGGGCCCUCCUGGCCGACGUGGUCCCCCUCCUGUUAACGGUUUUCGAGGCCCUCCGAACAUGUACCCGCAACGUCCGGGCCAAAUGCAGCGUCGGCCGUCGUACGACGAAAACAACCUCGAUGAGUUCAGCCACGUCGUGCUCUACGAUGAAAUGGCAGACGGCGAAGGACCACCGGCAGGGUACGGUGAAAAUGGUGGAGGCCCAUCUAUGAGAGAGCGAGAGCUUAUGCUAAGAGAGCGUGAAAUACAAUUAAAACAACAAGAGAUGGCCAUGAGAAGUCGAGGCGGACGAAGGCCAACACACAUCCGUCAUCAAGACCUUGAUGACGAUGACGAUGAUGAUGACUACUUCGACCCCAUGCAAGCACGUGGCCCACCACCCCCUUCGAUUGACCCCGACAAUUUUGAUAUGAUGAGUGUAACCUCACGAAGGACAAAACGAGCUCCCAGCCAGGGCCAACUUCGCAAAGAUGCAUUUGCCAAUGGAGGUGGCAUGCGUCCUGGGUCUUAUGGCAGGCCAAAUAUGGGAAGGCACCGAACAAGCGCCUCGAUCUUGUCUGAUAUGCCAAUGCUCGGGGCGAACAUCUUAGACAACCCUAUGAUGGGCUUUUCUUCCAACCGCUACGGCAAUGUCGAUCGCAAGGAGAUGGCCGAUGAAUCGCGAGCAAACUCAUUGACGGCAAGCCGCCUUCAAGAGAUUGGUCUUAAUGGCGGCCCAGGAAUGACCGGGGGGCCGUAUCCUGGCCCGCCUAGUAGACGGACUAGUCGAUCACCUGGAAAUCCGUUUGGACCGGCCGGGCGAAUGCCCGGGCGACCGUCACCGCCGAACGAUCCGUACAUGCAAUCUGGUCCUCCACGCAACGGCCGGCCUUCGCCUCCUGGGGCAAUGCCAGCACCAGUCCCCAGAUACCCUCCUGGCCAGACCAACAUGAUUCCGCAACAAGUCGAACAGGCCGGCAUGAACAAACCUUUUCCACCACCAAAGCCACCCGUGAAGAGUUUGACAGGAAGCGCCAGUGCCAGUGCAGGCAGCGGUGACAGCGGAAGUGCCAACAUAGAGUCCGAACCGUCCGCUCACAGCAGCACCAGCAGCUUUGCUCAACGGCAAAUGCUCGGUGCGCAUUAGCAUCUCUGUCUUAUGGGUCUAAUUGAACAUUUCCCGUUUUCCACGCUGGUUUCCGUGGACAUUUUACGACUCGGGGUCUGCUCUUGUGCAGAGAAUCGCGUAUAUCUUUGGUGAUUACCCUGCUUCACAUACACUUUAAUGAUCAGCUUUUCAAAUCUUACGACCAGGGAGGCCCGAGAUGGGUUUUCCGAAAGCGCAAAAAGCAUUGAGAUGAGUUUGGGGUUGGCACACGUUUGAAUGGAAACAAACCUUGGAGCACCCGGCCUUGAUUCUUCGCGUACAUACAGCAUUGCAAGGAGAAAGGGGAGCCCCUUUUGUGCACAUGACAUGGUACUCUUGUGGAUGGACCUGGGAUUGUGUGGGAGCAGAGGAGAUUGGGGAGCCUGUUCAAGCUUCGUCCACUUGAACACGUUCCGUUUCGAUAUUGAUUGGAGAAGACGGUUUGUAUUGCAUACAUUUGAGGCAUACACAUUCUCAGGCACGCACACGAUAGGGCUCCGAUGAAAUAAUUAUGCUACAACUUUCCGCAUGGGUCAUGGGGAGAGUCAGGCAAGGGGAGCAAAUGGACAACAUGAGGAGGGUACAGGGUUGGCUCCCGCCGAGCAGGAUAAUUAAUCAAAUGCAAGCAAAGAUUCAUGAAGGCAAAACCUCUUUUGAUGCUGCCGACCUCAGCUUGACGAG